AAUAAUAAAAAAUUCGAAUCUGUACCUCACUUAACUGUCUCUUCUCCAGUUUCAACUUCGAAAUCGGAGCGAGAUCCUUGUUAUUCUCAUGCUACUUUUUUGUUUGAGAUGAUCGAGGUUUUGUUGUAAUGUUCGUUGAGGUUUCUAACAAUCAAGGGCCGAAAUCGACGUCGUUUCGAAAAUGCAUUUCACUAAGCUCGAUGAUUCUCCUAUGUUUCGCAAGCAGAUACAAGGCCUGGAGGAAAGUGCUGAAUCAUUAAGGGAGAGAAGUUUAAGAUUUUACAAAGGAUGUCGAAAAUACACAGAAGGUCUUGGCGAAGGAUAUGAUGGGGACAUUGCUUUUGCGAGUGCCCUAGAAUCUUUUGGUGGAGGGCAUAAUGAUCCUAUUAGUGUUGCUUUUGGAGGUCCUGUUAUGACGAAAUUUACCAUUGCUCUAAGAGAAAUUGGGACAUACAAGGAAGUUCUUCGAUCCCAGGUUGAGCACAUGCUAAAUGACCGAUUAUUACAAUUUGUCAAUAUUGAUUUACAUGAGGUCAAGGAAGCGAGGAAGCGUUUUGACAAGGCUAGUCUUCUGUAUGACCAGGCUCGUGAAAAGUUUUUGUCACUGAGAAAAGGAACAAAAACUGAUGUAGCUGCUGUUUUAGAGGAGGAGCUUUAUCAUGCAAGGACUACAUUUGAGCAAGCUCGAUUUAGCCUAGUAACUGCCCUUUCUAAUGUUGAAGCAAAGAAGAGGUUUGAAUUUCUGGAAGCAGUCAGUGGAACAAUGGAUGCGCAUCUUCGUUACUUCAAACAGGGUUAUGAGUUAUUGCAUCAGAUGGAGCCAUAUAUAAAUCAGGUGUUGACUUAUGCCCAGCAGUCAAGAGAAAGGUCCAAUUAUGAGCAGGCAGCUCUUAAUGAAAGGAUGCAAGAGUUCAAAAGGCAGAUUGACCGAGAGAGUAGGUUGUCUUCCAAUGUUUCUAAUGGAUCUCCUAAUGGAGAUGGUAUACAAGCCAUUGGUAGAAGUUCACAUAAAAUGAUAGAGGCAGUUAUGCAAUCUGCUGCGAAGGGAAAGGUUCAAACUAUCCGACAAGGUUAUCUCUCAAAGCGGUCCUCAAACUUGAGGGGAGAUUGGAAAAGAAGAUUUUUUGUUCUUGAUAGCCGAGGAAUGCUGUAUUACUAUCGCAAGCAGUGCACCAAAUCAUCUGGUUCUGGCAGUCAACUUUCUGGUCAGAGGAAUAGUUCUGAGCUUGGAUCUGGAUUGCUGAGUCGAUGGCUUUCUUCUCAUUAUCAUGGAGGAGUACAUGAUGAAAAAUCUGUUGCUCAUCACACAGUGAAUCUUCUUACCUCAACAAUCAAAGUUGAUGCUGAUCAAUCAGAUCUUAGGUUCUGUUUCAGGAUCAUUUCACCAACCAAGAACUACACUUUGCAGGCAGAGAGUGCACUGGAUCAGAUGGACUGGAUUGAGAAGAUUACUGGGGUUAUUGCUUCAUUACUUAGUUCUCAGACUCCUGAGAGGUGUCUGCCUACUAGUCCCAUGGGAAGUGGCCAUCACCGGUCUGGCAGUGAGAGUAGUUCAUUUGAAAGUUCUGACUUUGAUCAUGCUGCUGUUGAAGAAUAUACAUCUGAGAGGAACCUUGCAAUUUCACAUCAUGAACGACAUUCAAGGGGUUCACUACAUCAGCGAGCUUCUGUAAAGAGUGAGAAGCCAAUUGAUGUGUUGCGAAGAGUUUGUGGAAAUGAUAAAUGUGCUGAUUGUGGUGCCUCUGAACCUGAUUGGGCAUCUUUGAAUCUUGGUGUUCUUGUUUGUAUUGAAUGCUCUGGUGUUCACCGAAAUCUUGGUGUACACAUAUCAAAGGUCAGAUCACUUACCCUUGAUGUGAAAGUGUGGGAGCCAUCAGUUAUAAGUUUAUUUCAGUCUCUGGGCAAUGCCUUUGCAAACUCAGUCUGGGAGGAAUUAUUGCAAUCAAGAAAUGCAUUCCAUGUUGAUCUUAAUCCCGCAAGCUCAUACAAGUCUGAUAAACCGCAAUUACUUCUUUCGGGCAAACCUAGUCCCUCUGAUUCUAUAUCAGUGAAGGAGAAGUUCAUUCAUGCAAAGGUGUAACAGAUUUAACAUCUA